AUGAAUGACAUUAAAAAUACAUUUAUAUGGGAGAUUGGAAGUUUUCAAGAUUAUGUAAAGAAAGUAAAUCGUAUUUCAAGUCAAAUAUUUUGCAUACCUCAAAUAACGUUCGACAAGGAUCAAGUUGAAGAUGAUGAUAAGACCACAUUAUGGCGUUUAGUCUUGUACCCUAAUGAAAAUAAUUACAUUUCCUUAUUUAUUGAAGCCAUUAAAACGCCAUAUGAGAUAAUGAAGAGCAUUGAUAAAAGAAAUCAAAUAUAUCAUAUUGGGAUUGGAAUAUCCAACAAAAGCUUAAAUUUUCGAUACUCAAGAAAUUUCAUUCAUCAAAGGAAUUCAGUCAAAGCCACUUUUGAUUUAACUAAAAAUUUACCAUCAUGGGGAUUUACUAAAUUCAUCUCUUUGGAUUCGAUAUUCCCGGGUGGUGAUAAGUCAAAGAAGGUUGAAUUGUUCAUUCAAGUGACCAUUCUUGAUGAUAAACCUGUUGAAAAAAAGAAAAUUUAUGGACACCUUGAAAAAUGGUUUGAGGAUGAAUAUUUUACGGAUGUGGAAUUUAUUCUUGAUUGUGGAUCAAAGAUCAAGGCACAUCGUAUAAUUCUUGUGUCGAAUUCAGAAUACUUUG